CACAGUGCUUACACCCUUGAGCCCAUACAACUGCUAUUACUAUCUGCCGACGGCGCCUACAACAAGGCCCAGACACCCAGCGCGUACAGAGGUGUAUGUCGUUGGGUACCAUGUGGGGAAGCUGUCUCCCAAAGCUGCACGCUCGUCUACUCAGCCACGCGGCAUCUCGAUGAUAAAGCAUCCAGGCACACGAAAUCCAGGCAUACAGUCCUUGUAGAGUCUUUUUUAGGGGCCUGGGUUACAUUAGAUGAGACCAAAGGAUACUCCGGACUCGUUCUUGGGUUUACCAAGAACCAUGGAAAUGCCUGCCGUGAUGCUCUCCUUCCAGUUUUGAGCCUCUAUCCAAGACUACUCGGCCACUCUAGAUCAUGGUGGGUUGGAUGCCGAAGUUUCCCUGACGAUCAAGUCAGGCGAGCCAGUACAUUUUCGUCAUCGGCUGGGUUUUCCUGCGCCUUGUUUAUGUAACUACUAUGCCAACUUCAAAGCUCAAAGCAUCGCCACUGGUGCUGUCACAACAUCCUGGCUGAGGUGCAUGCGUCCCCUUGCCGAGUCACCCCUAGAACAAGCUACUAAGAUAGUCAUGGAAGCAUAUAAGACCACUGUGCUCGCUGGGUCAAGCCAAUUUUCUCAUCACAUUCCAAAACAUUGCUUUCAUUGCCAGCACACUUACCCCCAACCAUAUUACCCAAUACACCAUGAUCCCACAGCCUUUGGACAAGAUACAGUCGAUCGAAUUUCCCCAUCAUCUGUCCCACAACUCCCCUCCCACUGAAUCGAUAAUAUCUUUCUAUUUUGACGAACAGAUAUCAUCCCAUGAAAAUGUUGACCAGGAACCUACCUCUGAAGCAGGAAUGCUCCAACCAGAAAAGACUGCACCUCCAAAUGACUAUUCCCGAAAGCGUUCGAACACGACAGAUGCUUCAAACUCACCAAAGAAACUGAGAACGCCUAGCGAAUUAGCGAGGGAACCUCCACCUGAGACUGAAUCCAAAACCACCGACGCAGCUUUGGGAAAGGUUAUUGAAAAAGAGCCCGAAGCAAUAGCAAACUUCCAGGCAAUUGUUUCUGCCGACGCACGUGUCAGCCAUGACAUCUUCGCAAAUCAGACAGUGAUUCUCGAGGAAUCCGGAGCAACCCCCAGUUGCGAGUCUACUUCUGGUGAUACGAUUGUCAAUACGCCUGUUGAAGCCUUUCCAGAGCUUGGAUAUCGGACAGAAAGCCAAUCUGAUCCGUCAGUUGAGUCCAACGAAAGCGUUUCACCACACGAUGAUACCAAACUUCCAGUGAGCACAGGAGCAUGGUCUGAAGGUGCUACUCCUUCUGUUGGAAGUCAUGUGGAGCGAAGCCUAACUACUCAACUGAACAACGACCUUGUCGGACCAGAGCCCGUCGAAGCCAUUGGAGUAGCACUAUCGACUAGCCAGAAAUUGGGGACUUGGGCAAAUCCAAUCCCUGUUAUAGACGACAAUAACGACGGAGACGUAUCGAGUGUUAGCGACGCGGACGCAGCCUGCAAUAACAGAAAGGAUAGGCUGAGACAAAAGUCAAGCAAAAAGACCGAUAAGCCAUCUAUGGUUGACUGCACAUCUUCAAGCCACAAGGAGCAGUUGGACAAGGAAGUCCAGAACAGCUGGAAUCAAUUUCUGGCGUAUGCGUACUUGGUUAAUCCGUAUUGGGCCCGAGAGUCCAUCGAGACAGCAGUCGUGAGCAGCCUAGGCAAUGGAGGCUUCUUGACCUUGAAGGCUGCACGUCAGCUCAUAGACAAUGUCGAUCCACAAAUCAAAAGAGCAAGGGCCGAUGUAAGUCGCAAAAUCAGAAUGGAGAGAUCCAACCCGAACAUGAGGGCAAGAUAUGAGUUGGGGCUAAUUCACUGGAAUGACCUCUCACACUUUUCUUCCCGCUUGAACGCAGCAGUCACUAGCAGAGAAGACCUCGUGGUAGAAAUGGUUGAAGGGGGCGAUGAUAAUGAUGAUUACGAGCCCCGUAAUCGCCGCCAGAAACAAACAUGA